AUGAAUGACAGUGAGAAAGAAAAUAUAGAAGAAGUCGUUAAUCCAUGGCUAUUGACAACUUAUUAUAAACGUUUAUUUCCAACACAUGUUUACUGUAAAUGGCUUGCAUAUGGCGAACCUACUAAUUCUCAAUUGUUUAGUAAUCGUGAAUUUAGCUUUACGAGAGGGAACGAUAUUUAUUGUCGACAUUUGUCAUUUACAAAUCAUUUGGAAUUUGAAAAAGAAUUAUUACGACCACCAAUAGCGUCUAAAAUUGAUAUAGGAGCCGUUUUUACAAUAAAAGUACCAUCAAACCAAUACCAACCAACCGAACGGGAACUUGUAUUCGAUAUUGAUUUAACAGAUUACGAUGAUGUGAGAUUUUGUUGCGUUCUCGGAUCUAACUCUAUCCAGGAUAAUUUAUUGGGUUUUAGUGAGGCAGACAUAUGUAAAAAGUGCUGGUCGUUAGCGAAAGUAGCAAUCAAAAUCAUUGAUAAAGCAUUACAAGAUGAUUUUGGUUUUGAACAACGUCUAUGGAUUUAUUCUGGUCGACGUGGUGUCCACUGUUGGGUGUGUGAUCCGCAGGCAAGAGAAUUGCAACCAAGUGGACGAAGUGCGAUUGUUGAAUAUUUGACACUUGUUACUGGUGGUGAAAAUACAUCAAAGCGUGUUUCAUUUUCUCAGCCGCUUCACUCAUCGAUACAACGAGCGAAACAAUUUAUUCAAGAGAUGUUUAUUCGUUAUGCGUGUGUUGAUCAAGCGUUUUUGGAUUUGUUAUUAAAAUUUGAUACGUCUCCACAACGAUGGGCAGCAUUCAAUCGUUAUGUUGAAAAUGAAACUAAAAAUACUAAAUCUCGUUAUCCGUCAAAAUAUUUGUCAUCAAUCAUUGAUGAAAUUCAAUUUGAAUAUUGUUAUCCCCGUCUAGAUGUCAAUGUAACCAAAGGUAUUAAUCAUUUACUCAAGAGUCCAUUUUCAAUCCAUCCAAAAACUGGCCGAGUUUGUGUACCGAUUGAUGUGACUAAAAUUGACUCAUUUGAUCCAUUUACGGUACCAGAAUUAAGAACAUUGUGUCAGCAAGUCGAUGCGUUAGGAGUGACACAUCAAAGUACUGGAAUAGCACAACAGGAUGGAAAACACAGGAGUAAAGAUUAUAAUCAAACAAGUUUAAAACCUUAUGUUGAACUGUUUUCGAAAUUUGUUCAAAAAACCCAAAUGAAUAACCUAGAAGAAACGUUGGCUAAAAGUGAUCUUAAAGCAAUGAUUACUGGUGAUAUAUAA